CUGACAUAACCAUGAUAGAAGACAAAGGUCCACGAGUGGCUGACUAUUUUGUAGUGGCAGGGCUCACUGAUACAGAUACUGCAACCCUCCUGGACCAAGAAAUAAGCCGACAUGAGACUAAAUCAACUGGUCCAAAGGCUCCAAUUACUGACAUUGCUGUGAUAAUUAAAUCAGCUGGUGAAACUGUCCCAGAGGGAUACACCUGUGUUGAAGCCACCCCUACAGCCCUUCAAGCCAACUUAAACUAUGGAAGUCUAAAGAGUCCUGAACUUUUUCUUUGCUACAAGAGAGGCCGGGACAAACCACCUCUUACUGACAUUGGAGUUCUGUAUGAAGGGAAGGAGCGCAUCAUUUCAGGCUGCGAGGUGAUUCAAGCUACUCCUUAUGGUCGUUGUGCUAAUGUUAACAACAGUUCAGCUUCUUCUCAACGGAUCUUUAUCACAUAUCGAAGGGCUCCUCCAAUACGACCUCAAAAUUCGUUGGCAGUGACAGAUAUCUGUGUUAUUGUGACCAGCAAGGGAGAAGCCCCUCCUCACACAUUCUGCAAAGUUGACAAGAAUUUGAAUUGUGGUAUGUGGGGUUCCAGUGUAUACCUUUGUUACAAGAAGUCUGUGCCAGCUUCUAACUCUUUAGCGUAUAAAGCUGGCUUAAUUUUCAGAUACCCUCAAGAGAACUAUGAGUCAUUCCCACUGUCAGAAUCUGUACCUCUCUUCUGCCUUCCUAUGGGAGCUACUAUUGAGUGCUGGGACCCUCAAACCAAAUAUCCACUACCAGUGUUCUCAACAUUUGUACUGACCUGCUCGUCUGCAGAAAAGGUUUAUGGUGCUGCUAUUCAGUUUUAUGAGCCCUAUCCCCGGGAGCUGCUAACAGAAAAACAACAAUUGCAGCUGGGUCUCCUGACAUCUGUAGAGAGGAAAGUGGUUACUUCCAAGUCCAUCAAUUCCAACAAAUGCAUCUGCCUUCUCUCACAUUGGCCUUUCUUUGAAGCAUUUCGAAAAUUUCUUAUGUUCAUCUACAAACUCUCUGUCUCUGGACCUCAUCCUCUUCCCAUUGAGAAACACAUAUCCCAUUUUAUGCACAAUAUACCUUUCCCUUCACCACAGAGGCCAAGAAUUCUUGUGCAGCUUUCUGCCCAUGAUGCAUUAAUACUGUCUCAGCCAGUUUCUACACCAUUGCCAUUAAGUGGAGCAAACUUUAGCACUCUCCUUAUGAAUCUUGGACCGGAAAACUGUGCCACUCUGCUACUCUUUGUAUUACUAGAAGGCAAGAUCCUCCUCCAUUCUCUUAGACCAGCUGUGUUGACAGGAGUUGCUGAAGCUGUAGUAGCUAUGAUAUUUCCAUUUCAGUGGCAAUGUCCAUAUAUCCCCCUCUGUCCUUUGUCUCUGGCCACCGUACUCAGUGCACCUCUUCCAUUUAUUGUUGGAGUUGAUUCACGGUACUUUGAUCUGUAUGAUCCACCACAGGAUAUUGUGUGCAUUGACCUAGACACAAACAUGGUGUACAUAUCAGAUGAUAAGAAAAGCACCAACUGGAAGCAGUUUCCUAAGAAGCCAUGUAAAAGUCUGCUCAGCACCUUAAAGAAACUGCACCCACAGCUGGCAGCAGUUCACAGGAAGACUCAAGAAGGCUCUGCAGUCGAGAUGACUCCUAUCGAGGCAGAUUUCUCCUGGCAGAAGAAGAUGACAGAACUUGAAAUGGAAAUCCAGGAAGCUUUCCUUCGUUUCAUGGCUUCUAUUUUGAAGGGUUACAGAACAUUCCUCAAGCCGAUCACGCAGGCACCUUCAAAUAAAGCAACUGCUGCUGAUUCCUUGUUUGAUCAUCAAGGAUUUUUAAAAAGCAGAGACCGUGCCUAUACAAAGUUCUACACGCAUCUCACCAAAACACAGAUAUUCAGCCGCUUUAUUGAAGAGUGCAGUUUUGUGAGUGAUAAGGAUACUGGCUUGGCAUUUUUUGAUGACUGCAUAGAAAAGCUCUUUCCAGAUAAAGGAACAGAAAAAGGAGAGAAGGUCGAUGUAGAUUCCAUUGAAGACGCACGGUUGAUUGAGCUUGAUGAUUCCCAAAAAAGUGAACACACAGUGUUCAUAAUGCCUCCAGAACCUCCCACUGAUGACGGACAGGACCGAGUGCCAAAAUACAGCUAUAAAAACUUCCCACGGCUGGAUUUCAAGCUCUUUGACAGGCCACAGGAGCUCAAGCUCUCCUUCAGCAGACACCCAGCUGGAAGCAGCAUUUCAAAUAGUCCAGCACUCAUGGCAAAGAGGACAAAACAGGAGAUAAAAACAGCCCAUAAAUUAGCCAAGAAGUAUUAUGUAAGCCCCCCACAGUGGGCUAAGUGUCUCUUCAGUCAUAGUUACAGCCUAUGGUUUAUUUGUCUGCCAGCCUACAUCAGAGUUGCGCAUCCCAAGGUCAAAGCACUGCAGCAGGCAUAUGAUGUUCUAAUUAAAAUGAGGAAAACUGAUGUGGAACCGCUAGAUGAGGUCUGCUACAGAGUUGUAAUGCAGCUCUGUGGACUGUGGGGUCAGCCUGUUCAGGCUGUGAGAGUCCUCUUUGAAAUGAAAAAUGCUGGAAUAGAGCCAAAUGCCAUCACCUAUGGUUAUUACAAUAAGGCAGUUUUAGAGUCAUCUUGGCCCAGUAGUAACCGCAGCGGCAUAUUCCUCUGGACGAAGGUACGGAAUGUCGUUCGUGGCACAGCACAGUUUAGGCAGUGCUUAAAGAAGGCAGCGCAGAGCCCGCGAGUGCCUGUGAUAUCAGCUCUGCGGAGUGCCACAGGUGGAAGUGAUGGGGACAUGGUGAGCCAUGGUAGCGUGGAUAGUUCUAAUGAUGCUAACAGUGGGGAGCACACUCUCUUCGUCAGUGACUUAGUCAGGCUUGAUUCCAUUGAUAAUCACUCUAGCACAGGUGGUCAGUCAGACCAGGGCUAUGGAUCCAAGGAUGAACUUUUAAGAGAUGAUGGGGAUAGUCUUCAUGCAACUGAAACACAAAUAGAGAAAGAUAUUUCUUCUAAAGUUGAAGACCUAAUAGGAGAGGCUUGCACUGAGAAAUCUGAUGAAAAGCAACAGCUGAAUAUAGAAUCUCAUAGUCCAACAGACCUACCUGCUUGGGGUAACAGCAUUGUGAAAGUUCCAUCUGGCAUUUUUGAUAGCAGUGGAAGGAAAAGCAGUGGUGAAACUGGUUUUAGCCCACUGUUCAUAACUCCGGAGUCAGUUGAAGAUGUGGUCUUUGGUGAUGUUGCUCCUAAGAAAACAAGUGAAAAAGGACAGAAGAGACAGAAACUGUUUUCAGAGAGAAGCUGCAGUUUUAGCAGUGAAAGCAGAGCGGGAAUGCUGCUGAAAAAAGUCAGCUUGGACUUGCAUUCUAAAGAAAUAGAAAUAAUGAUGGGAGCAGAUGCCAAGAUCCUAACAGCAGCUUUAUCUGGGGCCAAAACUUCCCCAUGUCAUAUGAAUAAAUCCCACAGCUUUGAAAGUAUCGUUGACCAGCAGGUUUCUGGCACAAGUGGCACUUGGACUUGUGUGACUGAGAGUGAUUGGGAAUUGGAGCAUAGGUCUUCAGCAGUGCUGGAAGAACCUGGAGAAGGGCAGGAGCAUCUUGAGAAUGGAAAAGAUGAAAACAUGACCACAGUCAAAGACAUGAACCUUAAACAGUUGGCUGAGUCCAAAUGCCAGAAACCAGAAUCCAAAGAUGCAACUACUAAAAGGAAUAGCUUUUAUGGAGUAGUUAAGCCUAUUGAAAGGGAAGAUGUUGAAGUAGGCUUGGACCCUUUAUCUUUGCUGGCUACUGACAGCACACAACCAAGGCAUCCAGAACCUGAGGAAAAGUUGUUGUCACCAGUUGCAGCACGUAAUUUGGCAGAUGAAAUAGAGAGCUAUAUGAAUCUAAAGAAUCCAUUGGGUAGUAAGUUUCCCAGCAUGGAACUGCACAAGUCAGACAGGGAAGCAGAAGCCUCUGGUAUCCUUGGUCACUCCCAAGAAAGGAGGUCAAGCCUGCCUUUGAAUCCCAUCCUGCCAUCUCCCAAGUCUUACGAAAAUCGGAAAAGAUCCAAAACAUUCACUGGACGACCAAAGCAACAAACUCAUCCACGAGUUCAAAAGGAGCGGUCUUCGUCUUUGACAGGACUGGGUCGUUCUUCUCCACAUGGCUCGUUAGGAUCUGUCGUAACAACUUUAUCCAACCUGAAGUUAGACAAUAUACUGUCUGGACCAAAAAUGGAUGUUCUGAAAUCAGGCAUGAAGCAAGCUGCCAAUGUGGCGAGUAAGAUGUGGGGAGUUGUAACUUCAGCCUAUAGUUACUCAGAUGAUGAGGAAGAAAACAAUCGACCAGACUUUAACUUCCCUGCUGGUUUUGAAGAUAGUAUUUUAGGAGAUAAUCUGUCAUCGAGAACUGGAGUCCCAGGGCUAAUUACAAAUGAGCUUGCACAAAGCACUACUAGUCUUGGCAGUAGCAGCAGCAGUGGAGAUGCAGGAAGACAGCAUUACAGCGCAGGUGAGAUUUAUUCG